CAUUCUGGUGGAGAGUUCGGAAUCAUCAGGAAACCAAAGAGGUAUUUCCUUUGAGGAAGCAAAUGCAGAAAACAUCCCUCGAGUCAAUUAUGGACGAGCAUUUCUAUGCCAUGCGGAAAAGGUUGUCAAUGUUAUGAAUCAAACACUUCUUUAUUUCGACAUCCCCAGGCUACAGAACACAAUGGCGACGGAAAAUUGCGAGAAAGUUUUAACCGUACCCAAGGGUCAAGGAAUCAAGUUAACCCUGUUACACUUCAAGGGCUCUCAGAGGUUGAUGGUCUAUGAUUCCACCCACACUGUCAAUUUGAUCGUGGACAGGUCAAACAAUGACAUAACAGCUCUUGAUCAUAAAGAGUUAUUUAUCCCACGGGAUACAAUUUUGUUGAAGUGGAAUGGUGACGUGGACUCUAAAGUGGUUAUUCAAGUGGAGGACAUAAAUAUUAGCGAUGCUCCUUGUACCUUCGAGUUAGACUUUUGCGGUUGGCAAACGUUUGACAACAUAACAAUCAAAGGUCUCAACGUAACGAGAACAUGGAGAAUAGCUCGGCAUAUAUGGUCAGAUGCCGUAAAUGACUAUUCUUACUUUUCUCCGAACGGAAAACGGCUUUUGAUCGGCAAUGACAACUCACUAUAUAUAUACACUGACGGGCGCGCAGCCAUCAUUAGCCCUCCAAUAACAAAACUGUCCAAGUUAUGCUCUGUUGUGUUCUUCUACCGAGUGGUAAGAAAAGGAAGAGCUGGUCUGUCACUCUACAUACAAACAGGAAAGUAUCCCAACACUGAACAGAGGUUAAUUUGGGAAGCAAAAACUAUCGAGGUACCAAGUUGGAGGAAAGUGAUUGUUGAACUUCCUAACGACGUCGAUGAGUAUAGAUUGUUGUUUGAAGGCGAAUACUACAAUGCGACAAGCUAUUAUUCAAGAAACUUUGUGACUAUUGACAAUUUAGAACUGCGAAGCUGCUCUCAUAAAGAACACCGCAUUUUCAACAGUGUACUCAGUAACAACAGCCAUCAAGCAAUAAGCUACAUAUCUGUGUCCGAUGGAAGCGAUAAGCGACCUCAACUCACCACAGAGCGUUGUAAAAUCACUGAUACAACUACAUCUCCAUUAAACGUGCAUCAAAAGAGCACUAUUUUCUUGGACAUCCAAGACAAUAAGUUUACACUUGCCAACAACUUCAUCUCUGAAAACCGUUUGGGUGGAGUUCAAGCACAGUUGGGGCGAAGCGACGGAACAAGCUUACCAAGAAGCUUAAUAUAUGGCAAUACGUUAAUCAAUAAUGCAAACGGUACAAUACUCAUAGCAGAAAGGAAAGAAGUGAAACCCAAUACCAGCUUUGUUUACAUUGUGGACAACCAGUUUGGAAGUAACCUGGGUCAUGGUAGCACCAUAACGCUUUCUGAAACACAGAGUGAAAUCGUGAACAACUUUUUCUACAACAACUCAGGAUUACACUCCAUUGAGUACGACCUUUCCAAUGUUUGGUCCAAAGAACAGAAGUGCGAGUUAAACACUUUUUAUCUUAACAAAGGACUUGGCGGAAACCACGGUGCAACGAUCCUGUCCAACGGACCAAUGAAAUACCACAGCAACAACUUGAAGAAUCCGUCCAACCAUUACGAGUUUAGUUCAACGACACAAGCGGUUACUGAUCCGAUUGAUGCCGCACGAAACUGGUGGGGCGUUGGAAUAGAGUCUUCGGUUGGUUCGCGAAUAUACGAGAAAGAGGAUGACUACAGACUGGCCACUGUUGAGUACAAACCUUUCAAAAAGCUUCCACCGAGAAACGUCUUAUCCAUUGGCUGUCCCGCUGACUGGCGGAACAUAAAAUCAACGUGCUUUGCGUUAAGAAGUGGAAGUAGGACUCUAAACGAAGCCAAAGAUUAUUGCCAGUACUACGGAGGACAUGUGGCAUCGCCUUCUAUACCAGAUGAUAUGGAAUUUAUCAAUAUGGCGAUACAGGCAUCAAGACCAGAUGGAAAACCACCUGUGCCUAUAUGGGUGACAACGAAAGAUGACUUGGAAGAGGAGAGAGGUGGCGAACGAAUUAGUCCGCAGUGUACAGUUAUGACACACAACAGAGUUCAAAAAGAAGUCCCCUGUAACAGUCUUUACCCUUUUGUCUGCACAAGAACAGCUGUUAUCCGCUGUCCAAAUGGCUGUUUUCACAACGGCGACUGUGUUGGUGCCACAUGCUUCUGCUACCGAGGGUGGACUGGACGUGACUGUUCUCAGUUUCACUGCAAUGAUAUGCACAACUGCUCUGGCAAUGGCCAAUGUGUUGGACCAAACGUGUGCAAGUGCUUACCAGGAUUUCUUGGUCGAGGCUGUACCUAUUCCUAUUGCACCAAGUUUCACCGCUGUUUGACCUGUUCCCAAGAUCCAGGAUGUGGUUGGUGCGACAGCUCACAACAAUGCAUGCCGGGUACCUCUGUUGGGCCUUAUGCCAAGCAGUGUCCAGGCUGGUUUUACUAUACUUGUUAUACUGUUGGCAGCGUUGACCAUUGUUCCAACAAUAUACGGAGGGUUGACUGCACCAACAGACAAUGUAACACAAGUCAAGAGACAACUACCUCAGAGUCAUGCCAGAAGUGUGAAGAUCUAGAGAAGUGCUAUAAUUAUGUUGAAAAGGGCAGAUGCAGAGCAUGGAAUGAAACUCGUUGUCCUCAUGGCUUUGUUCAAGUGGAUUACACAGAUCCAAAUCGAAUAAACAGCACCCUAUUAAAGAGUAACGUAAAAGUCAUCGAUCCCAACACCGCCAUCAUCUACAGCUGUCCCGUCCUCCUUCCUGGUCAAGACGAUGCGACGUCGGUGUUUGUUGCCCCUAGAGAUCUGGGAAUCAAAGCUGGUGACGUGUUAUCUAGCGCGCAAGCGGGCGGUGUGAUGCACAAAGUUACUGACACCACAAACACGGGGCCAUACACAAUAAUAAUUGGAACACCCUCCAAGAUUGAGGACGUCAUUCAAUAUGCCGAUUUUACUCAGAAAGUUUCUCCUAUUCGCCUGGUCGAUGACUCGACGCUGGAUGAAGAACCAAACUUAGAUGAUUUGUAUGGUCUAAUUGAUGGAAAAAUUCAACUGAUCAACACUGUUCUUCAUGUGUUACCUGCGAACACGUCAGUUUUCAAGUGCGUAGGACACAUUUACAAAGUGGACGAUGAUUUAGUGACCUCUCAGUUUCUGGUGAUACGCAAAGAUCACGCAGUAAAUGUUAGACCAGGGGAUGUAGUGGUAUCUGCCCAGAGUCAUGGAUUUAUAGAGAAUGUGGUUAGAGUCAAUCAAAUUUCAGAUAUGGUGCUCAUGGAAGCAGAACUUGAGAGGUGCACAGAGAACUCUACCUGGAUACACAGAUUUAAACCUCGUCUGCAAAAUUUGAAAUCUGACAGUGACGUGGUCUGUACCGGUGGUGAUAACAGUUAUAGAUUAAUAAUAACUGAACCUGACAGUGAAAAACAACAGAUAUCAGUAAACGAUUCCAUCAUAGGAAGGAGCAGUAAUCCCUUUAUCGCAAAGGUUGGUAACCUUUUUCUACCUGAAUUUAGAAGAAAUAAAAACGGUAUCGCCCAUGGGAGGGUACGAACAAUGACGACGGCGCCGACGGAGUCGCGCAACAUGGCGGCCAUACUGCCUUGGUUGAUUGCGUACUUCUUUGAUAUUGGACAUCCAUUCUAUGGUCAAUUGGCACUUGUCAAGGUGGUGGAAUCACACGUGACUGGGGAUUUUUUACUGAUUGAGGUUCUUCCAGUUCAAUCUGUUUUAAAUGGUACAGCUGUUACCAUCGCAAGUCUAGAUCAACUGCACAAAGAACACAGAAGGCACAAGAGGGAUAUCGACAAGGACACAUAUAGAUUAACGAGGACUUAUUCCGUGCCAAAGACAUUAUCGCUUCCUGAUGGCAAGGGUUACAUAACUGUCAUACAGACGUUCAAAAUUGACGCGGAAGUUAUAGUAUCAAUGGGAGUGUUUACUGAAAAGGAUAAGGAUGGUAAGCAAAUCAUCAAAGACCGGUUUUUUGGUUUGGAGAUAAAAGGUGAGGUCAUCUACAACGUGGAUGUGCAGAUUGAAGUUAAAGUCAGCGGAAAUAUGAAGGCAAGACGGCCCAUUCAUCCCCCCUUUGAGAUAAGCUUUUACAUUCCAAUCGGGAUUGUUACCAUGCGAUGUGCUUUGCUUCUGGAGACAAGCGCCAGCGCAGAAAUACAAGCUAUGGCAAAGGCAUAUGUUCCAUUGUCGCUGAGGACUUCAGUUCGGUUGGCUGUGGGCGGAUCCUCCACAGUUAGGGGUAGACGUAACAUCAUCAGCCCUGUUGUAAGUACUGCAAAUCAGUCCCAUCAUUUUAAGCACUUUUUGGUAUCCUGGUUUGCUAAUCACCUUCAAAUCCCAGAUUGCACUGUAGGGGUUUCAAUAACAUUAGUUAUAAGCGGCCACUGAAGAUGUAAUAGACGGCUGUGACCAGUAACGGGGCCGCAAGGCCCCUUUCCCCUAGGGGGGUCUGGGGGCAUGCCCCCCCCCAGAAAAACUUGAAAUCUAGAAGCUCGGAAAUGCGAUUUCCAGCGUUCUGGACAUCAAAAAGCGCGCCGUUGAUGGGUAUUUUUAUUGAUCACAAAGCAGGAUUUUUUUGGACAAGCUAUAAAUUUUUUGCAAAGAGGUGCAUUUUGAAUACCUUUCUAGGCAGGUAUCUCUCAGUGACACUUGAUAUCCACUUAGGCAGUAAUUUCUUUGAAGUCCUUUCUUAAAAUAAGUACAACUUCUCUGCUACUCAUUCAAAUGUACCAGCAUGGCAACAAACUGAUUUUUAACUCUUCAGAAAAAAUGAAGUGAGAUAAACUUUACAACAAAAUUCUUUCUACUAAUAUUCUUACAAAAGCAAAGCUCAUUUACAACUUUUCAUUGAUUCUCGCUUUUGUAGCAUUUAAAAAUUUCAGUGGUCGUCGUUGUUGUUGUAUUUGCUUUUUUUAUUAAUAUCAUUUUUAUUUUCACUAAUGAAAUCCAAAUAGACGGCGGUAAGAGGUCCUACAGGAGGCGGUAGACUGCCGGUAACCGGCUUUUAUUGAAACCCCUGCUCUGGAAUUUUAUGUAGAUUUUUUUUUUCCGAGGAGGACGUAAAACCGGAAAAUGUGGAGAAAGUUUGGCAAGAGGCACAGAUCAUCGACAAAUUAAACUCCACCCAAGUAUGACCGGCUAGGAGACAUUGAUGGGAAUGUGGCAACGUUAUCUAACCCUCACCACCUUUGUUUCCUCCUAAAUGUGAUGAAUUUGAUUUCUUUGGUUAUUUCACCGUGUAAGGUCCGAUUAAGAUUCGUAUUCUAGUCUUACUGAAAUAUUGUAGUCAAAUGCGCAAU